GACACACAGACACACAGACACACAGACACACACACACAAGCAGCUGGGCCGCCUCACCCGCGUCCCCGCCGCCUUUGUACAUACCUACACAGCCUACCCAUACUGUACCAGCCAAGACGUUGUGCAGGUAGUGUGUGUGGAGAAUCAAUAGCCUGUGCCAGGCGACUUUUCUUACACUCAGAUAUUGUUCGGCGCAUUUCGGCAACUGGCGACCUGGCGCUGCCAAUUCUUCAACGAACUCUUCAUCGGCUAGUAUCAAAGAUGCCGGGCUCCAAUCCGGCCAGCCCAAAGACGAGGGGCAAGAGCCCGCCUGCCAAGAGCAGUAGUCGCUCGCUGGGAGAUGAGCUUGGAGACAUGAGGGUUGAAGACCUCGGGGAUGUAGAGCCCGAGGAGAGUUCUGCAGAUACCGGCUGCGACCGAGAGAAGCAGCAAGACAAACCAAAGCCAGAGGAGGGCAAGGAGGAGUCCGAGAAAGGGAACAGCGAUGGCAAGACCACCGGCCCUAGACUCCCAAAACAGCCAACCAUCAUCGGCAACGUUACAGACGCCUAUCAAAAGGAGCCGGCAUACAUAGCCCCAAUCGGCCCCAUCAGUGCCAUACCCGCCGUGGACGAGGUGGAAGGCGUCGAGGCCCUGGGGCCCCGGAACCUCAGCGGCGAAGGCCACGUGCCGUCGUCAAACCGACCCAGAUUCCCAGUUUGGGCGACGGCGAGACUGGCCGGCAAGACGAUCGACGAGUACGGCAAUCUUGUCGACAGCGACGGCAACGUGUUGGGCUGCGUUGCUGGUGACCUACCCUCCAUGGUUGGCCGUGCCGUCUCGAGCAAGCGCGGGGAUGUGCUCGGUGAUGACGGAGAGUUGCUGGGCUACGUGGCGGAGAUAGUGGAUGGAAACAAGGGCAAAGAGAAAGAAGUUGAGAUGGGUGAAGACGGCCAGGCUUACACCGAUGACGGAUCAGAUGUCGAGGACCCGGAGGACGGAGAUGAAGAGGCGGGGGCAUUGCCACAACAAACCUCGUCUCCAACAAGCAUAGAUCAGUACAUUGGAAAACCAAGCGCUAGCCUCCAGGUGGACCAUAGGGGCAAUAUCCUAGACUCCCUUGGUAACAUUAUCGGCCACUUCCGAGACGCCUCCAAGGACACGAAGCCGGAAGAAGGGACGGCAGGGGCCACGACAACAGCGGGCAGUCAGCAGGAGCCAAGGAGGCCCAUACCGGAUCAUGGAGGAGCCCAAGGCCCUUCGGCGGCACCCGGACCCGGAUCCGGCCCGAGGCAAGGCGAAAGCGCCGGAGGAGCUGCAGGAUUAGGGGGAGGGAGGCCCAAGAACGCGUCGGACUUCAAGAAGGAGAACGAGAGCCCGUCCGACAUCUUCCUAGACAUCAAGUCGACCACGGAGGGGAUCCAGCUGACCAUACGCAUCCCGACCGUUUUUGCGGGACCGCAGCCUCGGUUCAACGUCACAACGUGAUGCGUGGAAUAUAUCACGCAGGCGUUGACCGGGGGGAUGGUGCUGUAAACGAGGCAGACACGAGGGUUUGGGGCUCCAGAUAUCUAGACUGCCGUCUGACGAGGGACGCACCGACAGAUGUUGAGGAAACACGCGGGGCAGCGAAACUCUAAUUGGAAGCUUUUCCCAAACUAUGGGAAUGUGGACUUCACCUCUCUGUUUGUGUCGCCGGGGUGUGCCUGGUUGUCACAAAUCCUGGUGUGCGAGAGCUGGUCAGCUGCCGCUGGUUAAGGGAAGGACUGAAGCAAACUCACAUGGGCGGUGCUGGAAUAUCUGUCGAGCAACGGGAGGGGGAGCCUCCUAGCCACCCCAACGCCGCGACCCAGGAAAGAUUAGCUGUCGUCAGCUCCCGCGUCACUCGAUGGGAUUGGAAACAGGUUUCUGGAACCGACGAGCGAGAAGGAGGGGGGCGAGAGAGAGAGAGAGAGAGAGAGAGAGAGAGAGAG